GGAGUACACGUGACAGCAGCUGUAAAGAUCAAUUCGUUUCCAGCCAACUUUUUUUUUUUUAGGAUUUUAAAAGGAUGGUGUGCCAGCCUUGCUCCUCCGGCACCAGGUCAUCCAUCAUCAACCAUCUUCAUUCACAUGAGCACCACAACCCCCGUGCCUUCCACUUGGGAUACCAAGACCCAAACCUUCCAUGGUGGCCAAGAAUACCGUUUCAUUGAAAACUUUGUUGAAGACUUCAGCGUGACGACAAACUACCUUGGUACUCCCAAAGGUGCCCUCGAUGCAGCCCGGGAAGCCAUCUCCACUUGUCACCAUUAUCCACCUGCAAAUCAAGAACCUGCAAAGUCUUCAUUAGCAGAGUUCUUGUGGCCAACCGAUUAUUUGGAUCAGAGAGACCGUUUGUUGCUUGGAAAUGGAGCUUCAGAGCUCAUUGAUUUGGUUAUUAGAAUGGCCAACAAGACCAUUCAAUCUGAUCAAGUUAAAACUUGGAAGAGCGGGCCUUGGGACACUCAGUACAAGGAAUACUAUCGUAGCGCUGAAACCGCUGAAAUGAGAAUUUUGAAUGGCGAUUCUACCGAGCGUGCUAACGUUUUAUGUAUUGUAAACCCAUGCAAUCCAACUGGAGACUACAUGCCUUUGGAUCAGAUCAAAACCUGGAUCAACGACAAUGUGUACGAUGGUGGUUUUGUUAUUGUUGAUGAGUCCAUGCAACCCUGGCACUCCGCCAACUUCCGUGAAGAUUCCUUAACGUCACAAGGAACUUUUGCGGCUGAAUUGUAUGCCACUCGCAACAUUUCACUUUAUGUGUUGCACUCAUGGACCAAGAUUUGGUCCUGCACUGGAUUGCGACUUGGAUCCAUCAUUUGCCCUACUGUCGAACACUGCGCAGGGCUACGCAAAAUCCAAGUACCCUGGUCUGUCAAUACCCCUGCAAUGGCAUUCAUGGAUGCUGUUGUUAAAGAUGAUCAAUACAUGCAACAGACAUGGGAAGGCACCUCCAGACUUCGUCGGUACUUGAUUGAACAGCUGUCGGCUUUGCUAGCGGCGCAACGAGAACAAUUCGAGUACAAGGGCAAAGAUUUCCUCAGCUGGGUGUGGGUUGAUAUGAAGAAUGAAGAGGUGGCCACUGAAGCGGUCAAACUAGCAAGAGCUGCUGGUGUGCCUGUUCGAUCUGGCCAACCUGGAUACCAACGACCAACCUAUGUCAGAGUGGCCGUGCGUGAAGAGAGCUGUGUUGAUAUCCUUGUUCAAGCAUGGAAGAGCCUCUAAAGAGGGGGGUUUUGCUGCGGUGUCAUCGCAGAGAUAUGCACAAAAGCAUUAUAGACGAUGGGAGAUUCAUUGCACUCUGUACAGCAAUGAAACAACGGGUCUGGGGUUUCCAGGUCCGCACACCUUUUCUACCAUACAGGAAUAAUUAAUGAUAAUAAAAAGCGCAAAAAAAAGGUGAAAACGAAAUGAAUCCAAUAAUAUGACGUUAGUUGUCAAUGUGUCUGUCAUAAAGGCAUUAUCGAUGAAGAGAUUAGCAAUGCGAUAAACUCUAUAUUACAGCACGGACAUGGGGAAUUUUAUUUUUUUGGACCUGGAAAUUUUCCUGGUUGAGCUUAUCAUUUCAUCGCUCCCCUCCUUUUUUUUUAUGACUGACAAUGCAUAUCAAAGAAUGCUGGACCUUGACACACAUUCAGCCG